CGUUCAUUAUAUAACGUUUUUACUCUUACGUUUUGUUCAAUUUAACAGCCUCGCCGCAAAAUGCAAGUUCCUAAAUUCUCGUUUAUAUUAUUCUAGUCUCUUUUGCAAGUUUCCUAUAAAUAAGACCUUAUAAACCUUCCCUAUUUUGUUCCCCUUGUCCUAGUGUUCUUCCCCAAUUUUCACUUAUCUUGUUGGAAGCUUUUUAACCAAGAUUCAUGUUCAAUUUACUUGUAUUAAUGUUGGAAAUAGAUGUCUCAAAUUCUUUGUGAAUUGUUCCUUUGUGGGUUUAUCAUCAAUUCCACUUAUUGGCGUUGCACUCAUUUAGUUCAAUCUUUCUCAGUUGUCUUCCUCUACUGGUUUUAUUACAUUUCAUGAUUCUUCCUCUCUUUUUCAUAUCCAUAAAUUAUCAUAUAAAUUAUCAAAUUAGAUCUUAACUACCAUCUGGGUACUUGCUACUUUCUCCAAUUUCUCUCUCAAAAUCAUCAAUUUCAAGUUUUUUUUUUUUUUUUAAUUUUUCAAGAAAAGUUUCAAGUUUUAUUGUAUAUUUUUGGGAUUUUCAAUUUGCAUGGCUUCCUCUAGUGGCACAACGACGUCGUAUGGUGGUGACUCAGAUCUUCAAGAAGAAAUGGACCAGAGGAAAAGAAGACGAAUGAUAUCGAACCGAGAAUCCGCAAGGAGGUCAAGAAUGAGGAAGCAAAAGCACCUGAACGAUCUCAUGACUCAGCUGAGUCAACUCAGGAACGAGAUUAACCGAGUCAUGGGUAGUAUUAGCAUGACCACACAGCGUUAUAUGAGUGUGGAGGCUGAGAAUUCGGUGUUGAGAGCUCAGGUGGCGGAGCUCAGCUACCGGUUGCGGUCUCUCAACGAGAUCAUGGCGUUUACGGAUACCGGAACCGGGUUUGCUGAUGAACAGAGUGGCGAGUUUGGCGGCGAGUUUACAAAUGACUCACUGAGUUAUGUUUACACUUGCCAACCUAUAUUGGCUUCUGCUGAGAUGAUUAUGUACUGAACUCAGAGCGUCAUUUUUUUUCGAGAGUUAACUGUCAUUUUCGUCUCCGUGGUUUGUUCAAUUACGAUAGUUCAGACCAAAUUUCAAAUUUGUAUCAUUUUCGUCUCUGACUUCCUGAAAUAUGUCAGUUUCAUCCAAAUAAAACUAAGGUUGAAUCGAAUAAUUGGACAAACUACAAGGACGAAAAUGUCAAUUAACUAAUGCUUUUUUGGUUGGAACUGAUAUGUUUCAACAAUUUCAGGGACGAAAAUAGUACAAAUUUGAAUUUGGUCUGAACUGACAUAAUUGAACAAACUAUAUUGGGUCUUGUUUGAGGUAACUUCUAUUGUUUCCACUAAAUGCAUUUUUUUUCUUUUUACUAAAUUAGUCAAAUCAUCUAUUUGCUUUUAGUGGUAGAGGGUUUGUUCAAAAUGUAAAAUAUACGUUUAGCCUAUGAUCUAAAUGUAUCACUUUCAUUACUAGUUGUACUCCCUUUGUUAGAAAAAGUGCGUAAAUAUGUGAGAGAAGGGAGUGGAUUCCGUAGAACCCUUUUGUAAGGUUACCGAAGAAAAUAAAAUUGUUAGUAUACUAUGUUGUAACGUGUUUUUCUGGUGUAUGAAGUUAAUAAUAAGAGUUAACUUUCUUUUUGAUC